UUUGACCGUUUGAUAACGGAGACGUUGAACAUAUGUUGAGAUCGCUUCACAGUUCUUUCUCUUCUCCAGAGAUCUCUCUCCGUCGCAUUCUCAUCUCAAUAUUUCGAAUUUUCAGCUGCUAAAAAAUGGCGGCUGUCGCCGUUCACCAGUUCGUUCAGUGCAUCACUUGCCAUGCUUGGAGUCCCGAUCAAUCCAUGAUAGCAUUUUGCCCAAAUAAUAAUGAGGUUCACAUUUACAAAUUGCUGCAAGACAAGUGGGAGAAACUUCAUGUUCUUCAGAAGCAUGAUCAACUUGUUUCUGGGAUAGACUGGAGCGGGACGUCAAACAGAAUUGUUUCUGUAUCUCAUGAUCGGAAUUCAUUUGUUUGGAACCAAGAAGGACCAGAGUGGGUACCAACUCUUGUCAUUCUUAGGCUCAAUCGUGCUGCACUUUGUGUUCAGUGGAGCCCCAAAGGCUUUGCUGUUUGUAGGUGGGUAAGCAAAGUAAUCAGGAAAAAACAUAAUUCCUCUGUCACAGGUGUUUCUUGGCAUCCUAAUAAUAUUCUACUUGCUACAACAUCCACAGAUGGUAAAUGCCGAGUAUUUUCUACAUUUAUCAAAGGUGUUGAUACAAGGGAAUCAAAAACAGGCUCUUCUUCAGAUCCAAAGUUUGGAGAGCAAAUACUUCAGCUUGAUCUGUCAUCGUCAUGGGCAUUUGGGGUGAACUGGUCACCAAGUGGAAAUACUUUGGCUUAUGUAGGUCAUAAUUCUAUGAUUUACUUUGUUGAUGAUGUUGGUCCUUCUCCAUUGGCCCAGAAUGUUGCAGUCCGUUAUUUGCCACUUCGUGAUGUCCUCUUUGUUUCUGAGAAAAUGGUCAUAGGUGUGGGAUUUGAUUGCAAUCCAAUGGUUUUUGCAGCAGAUAAAUCAGGAUUAUGGAGCUUUAUCAGAUUCUUAGGUGAAAGGAAAGAAUCUUCAUCAGGUCCAAAAUCUGGUUCUCAGAUUUCUGAAGCAUUUGGCAAGUUAUACGGUCAAUCAAGGCAAGGAUUGAGCAAUGAUACGGUUGAACCUUCUAAGAUUCAAGGAGCUGCUCAUGACAACUGCAUCAAUUGUAUUGAACUCCUAAAACAAAAAGGUCCGAAAACAAAGCGCUUCAGCACGUCAGGAAUGGACGGAAAAGUGGUAAUUUGGGAUCUGGACAACCAGCAUGAUCUUAGGGAGUAUCUGUAAGAAGUGCUUGGUGAUUUUUUUCCUUCUUUUUCACUUUUGGUCAGGUAACAGAAUGACAAUAAUAGUGAAGCGUGUGGUAUAUAUAUACAUAUAUAUAUAUAUGUGUGUGAUUCUGUAAUCUUGGAGAAAAUGAAACUUAUAAUACAUUAUUAGGUUUAUUUUUAUGUUUGAUUUAGUGCAGCGGAAUAUUAGCUGAGAGCUCUAAUGCAUAUUAUGUUCGUGCUUUUCUA